UAUAGUAGAGGUGAUAUAUAUUCGAUUACGGUUUUAAUUAAUAAUUAGUGGAUAUAGAGUAGUUAAAAUCUGGCCACUGAGGGAGCACGCUACAUAGAAAUGAAUUUAAUUAUUUUUAGCGGGCUUUUGCUCGUGACGUUCUGCGUCAGUCUGACGCAAGCGUCGCCGGAACGAAAACGUCACGAUCUUAUAGUUGUCCGCCGUUAUAAAGGGGACCAAAAACAACCCCUACUACCGGACAUAACGAAGAAAAUCGAAACCGAAGAACGGAUCCCGUUCUUAGGCCGUCUGAGUGAGAUAGGACGCGGGCCUAUCUACCGCAAGUAUGGCGCCGAGGUCCCACGCACGACCACGAUCACCAAUGGAAACACGGCAGCACAGUUCAGCAACUUCGACCUGGGGAAACCUGAAGCGGUGUUCUUGCAAUCUAUCAGCCCCCAAUUCUCACCCGUACAGCCGGAAAUCAUUGAAAUAUCACGAUCAGAAACUAGUAACCAAGCUCAGUCAUUCGCUGAAACAAGUGAACAAAGUAGUUCUUACACGAACGAACAAGCCCAAUCAUUUGCAGAGAAAAAUGAAGAGAGCAGUUCUUUCACUGAUAAUAACCAACAGAGUAAUUCUUUUGUUGAAAAUAAUCAACAGAGUAGUUCUUUUGCUGAAACAAGUGGACAGACUAAUUCUUACACAAACGAACAAGCCAAAUCAUUUGCAGAAAAUAAUCAACAGAGUAGUUCUUUUGCUGAAACCAAUGAACAAAGUAGUUCUUUCACGAAUGAACAAGCCCAGUCAUCCGCCGAUAGUAGUUCUUUCACUGGAAAUAAUCAGCAAAGUAGUUCUUUCACUGGAAAUAAUCAACAAAGUAGUUCUUUCACUGAAAAUAAUCAACAAAGUAGUUCUGUCGCUACUACAAAUGAACAGAGCAGUUUUUACACAAACGAACAAGCUCAAGCAUUCGAUGAAACAAAUCAACAGAGUAGUUCUUUUGCUGAAACCAAUGAACAAAGUAGUUCUUUCACGAAUGAACAAUCCCAAUCAUUCGCCGAUAGUAGUUCUUUUACUGAAAAUAAUCAACAAAGUAGUUAUUUCACUGAAAAUAAUCAACAAAGUAGUUCUAUCGAUACUACAAAUGAACAGAGCAGUUCUUACACAAACGAACAAGCUCAGUCAUUCGAUGAAACAAAUCAACAGACUAGUUCUUUCAAUGAAAAUAAUCAACAAAGUAAUUCUUUUGUUGAAAAUAAUCAACAGAGUAGUUCUUUGGCUGAAACGAAUGAACAAAGUAGUUCUUUCUCUGAAACGCAAGCUAAAACCGUUGCUGAAAGCGAAUCGAAACAGCAGGAAUCGUAUAAUGAGGAACAAUCUCAAUCUGAAACAUCUCAACAAUACAGCGAGAACAACUUUCAGUCUUCAAGCAGUGACGCUUCGUCGACAGACUAUGUCGCUCAAAAUAUUGAUGAUAACGAAGAUGACGACCGUAAGUAUCCACCAUUACCAUCUCAACCUUAGGGUUAGUUCCACCAUACUCUGUUAGAUCAUUAACACCCCUGCUACAUUGUAAGUGUCAUCUAAAAUGAAAUUUUACUCUAUGACAAUCUUAAAUGCUUGACAGAUGUGUCAACAGUCAGCAAC